AUGAGGUGUUAAAAUAAUUUGAAUGAAGAUUUAUAUGUUCUUUUGGUUUAUUCUAAAGAUAUUGAUGAAUCAAUCUUCCACACACUAAUUAAAAUAUUCAAAAGAGAGAAAAUUUAAGUGUGUAUAGAAUUUCUUUCAUAAGAUCAAAAUAAAUGGCAAGCUGAAAAAAAAACCUCAUAGGAGGAGAUGCUGAAAGUUGAAAAGUCUAAAAUGAAGAUAAUAACAGAAGUAGUGAAGAAAAUUAAAAAUCAUGAAUUUAAUAGAUAAAAUUACUCGGAAGAUGAAUAUGAUGAAACUAAAAAGGGUCUGAUCUCAAAAAUAUGCUAGGAAAAGAGAAUCAUAGAAUUUCUAAAAUUUUUAGUUCAUCUUACAGCGUUAGAUGAGAGUUACAUAUAGUUAGGAUCAAAUUCUCUUCAUUUAUUAGUUUAAAUGAAGGUUGAUUUAAAGAAGCAAUCGUUUGAAAAUAUUAGAAUUCGAAAUACUUCACUAUUGGGGGCAAAUUUUGUAAGAUGUGACUUAAGUGGAUCAGAAUUUGAAAAUGUAAUUAUUAGUGGAAUGAAUUUAAAUGGAGCUAAAUUAUUUAAUUGUAAAUGGAGGAAUUUAAGAAUAAAUGAGGUGAUGGCAUUAAAUGGUCAUGGUGGUGGAGUCAACUAAAUUUGCUUUUCUCCAGAUGGUAAAUCAUUGGCUUCUUGCAGUGAUGACAAUUCUGUUCGUUUUUGNGAUCGUUAAUAUACAUAUUAAUAAUUUAAAAAUCCUCAUUUCAAGAUUAAUUUUCCUUUUUUUUAUUAUUCUCAGAUUUUUACAUCCAUUUUAGCUAAAAGGCAAUAAUAAUUACCAUUUUUUUAUAUGGAUGAACUUGAAAGUAGCAUAGUAAACUAAUUAGGGAGGUUUUAUAAACCUUAUCUUGAGGUAGAAUCUUCUUUCUGUUCCAAUCCCGUAAACAAAUAGAGUAAUAAUAAAAACCAGGAGCACUAUCAGGAGAUAAACAUAUUGAAUUAACAUAACUUAUAUGAUCAUCCAAUUUGGCUUUUAUUAUAGUGUCUUAACGCCACAAACUGA